UAUCUUCAGUCAUAUGUGCCAGAAGUUGCCUCUGCCUGAACUCAGACAAAAACACAUGAACUUCAACCAUAUGACACUCAGACAUUAUGCCUAAAACUAAUCUCCAAAUAUCUGACGUUUUUCCGAAGUGAGUAGACUUAAAAAAAUAAAAAUUAAAAAUGAGGGUAUAACUUAAUAGUCACACUAAAAUCAAGUAUUUAUUCACUCGCCCUCUAAAUUCAUGUCGCACAAGGUCGCUUAAGGAAAAUGCUUCCUACUAAAAAUAUUACUAUUUUCAGAUCUUUUGUUUACGGUGGGGAGAUCUUAUUCAUCAACACAAUUGGCAGAAACUCUGAAAUAGAAAAUGUGUUGAGAAGGCAUAUCAAUCAAUCAUAUACCAAAAAAGUUGUAUUACAGAUUAUCUACAUCUUGGCAAAAGAAAAAACAUUAUUAUGAGUAUAAGUAGCAGCAUUAGACCUAAUCAAACAACACUUAGUCUUAAACAAGUUAGUUUGUGAUAGGAAAAACACUCAUGGAGAAAGAGAAAGGUGAAGAAGAUAAGAGGAGUUGUAGUAGUAGUACUUGUCUGUGGAUGCUACCGGAGGGAUGUAUCGCUGAGAUUUUGUCCUUAACGAGCCCGAGGGACGUUUGCCGCCUUUCCUUAGUCUCUCCAUCUCUCCAAUCCGCUGCUGAUUCUGACUCUGUCUGGGAAAAAUUCCUGCCGUCGGAUUAUCAGUCCAUCAUUGCCGGAUCACCGACUCCGAUCCCCGAUUUUCGAUCACUCAAGGAUCUAUAUGUUUAUCUCUCCCAUCAUCCCAUCUUAAUUGAUGAAGGUCGCAAGAGUUUUUCACUUGAAAAAUCGACUGGAAAGAAAUGCUACUUCUUAGGUGCAAGGUAUCUUACUAUUGCAUGGGGUGAUACACCAGAAUACUGGGAAUGGACAUCACUACCAGAGUCCAGGUUUCUAGAAGUGGCUCAGCUCAAAAUUGUAUGGUGGCUUGAAAUUUGGGGCACAAUAAGAGCUGGGAUUCUGUCACCAAUGACUUCCUACGCAGCUAACUUAGUUUACAAGUUUGAAGAUGAUUAUGGGUUUGAUACUCGACAAAUGGAGGUUUCAGUUGGAAUUUCUGGUGUUCAAUCCGAAAAUGUGCGGGUUGCUUAUUUGCAUCCGGAUCCUCAAUUUCUACCAGAGUUUGUAUACGACGAGUUAUCUUUUACUCCGGGCUCCUAUAACUUCUUCACACAGAUGGAGUCUAAUUGGCAUUGGCCUGAAGAUAGUGAUUCGAGCGAUACACCACUUCCUAAACUUAGAGAUGAUGGCUGGUUUGAAUUAGAAUUGGGUGAGUUUUUUACUGGAAAUGAAGAUGAUUUCAUAGAGUUAAGGAUGCAAGAUGUGAUGACUGGUUGUCGAAAGAAAGGCCUGAUUGUUGAAGGAAUUGAGAUAAGGCCAAGAAUUGCUUAACCAUUUUACAAUUCAUUUGGUUAAGUAUUUAGUUCUGCGUUCUUAGUUUUUUCCUUGAAAAUGUUUAUUUUAUCGUAGAAACCUCAUAUGGCUGGAAGGAAUCGUACUAUAAGUUUUGAGUUUAUGAUACAUGUUGUUUUAGAGGCCUAUUUGUCCAAUGGAGCAGGCUUUUCUGUCGCUUGGAUAAGUA